GUGAACUGCGGGGGCACGCGGAGUGGAUUUCUGCAGUCACCGACAGCGGAAAGAGCCUCAAAGGAUUUUUUUUCCCGAGCUGUUUCGACUCACAGCCCCGCUUUUGUGUUGUUUUCGCCUGUUUUGUUUUAGAACUCGACAAACGGAACUUAUCUUGAGUUUGGAGAGCCUUUUUUCAGAUAUGGACAGUCGGCGACCCGCUGCAGGGAGCGACUGGCCGGUGUACCCUCAGUAGACUCGGGAAUAAAACUGUCCACUCGCCUUCUGGGAUUUUUUUUACUGGAUGUUUGAUGAAGCGCUUUGCAUUUUUGGUCAGUUCUGGGACACCGUGGAUUUACCAGGUUCGGAAACGGAUAGAUAUUCGUGAUUCCCUGUCGACGACCAGAAGGAUUUACGUUUCUAAAGUUGCAGGAAAAACAUGGAGACUGUAAAUCGGCAGAGCUUCCAGCCUCAUCCGGGACUGCAACAAACUCUCAAGCAGUUCCACCUCAGCUCUAUGAUCUCUCUGGGCGGACCGGCGGCUUUCUCUGCCCGAUGGCAACAUGAGCUCCUCUUCAAGAAGGACGGAAAGGAGCCGGAGCCGGCUCUGCAGCAUCUGCCGCCCCCGGUGAUGCCGGGCCCGCUGUUCAUCCCGUCGGACCGCUCAACUGAGAGGUGCGAGACUGUGCUGGAGAGCGAGACCAUCUCCUGCUUCGUGGUCGGCGGGGAGAAGCGACUGUGCCUGCCGCAGAUUCUUAACACGGUGCUGCGGGACUUCACCCUGCAGCAGAUCAACUCAGUGUGCGAUGAUCUGCACAUUUACUGCUCCCGGUGCACGGCGGACCAGCUGGAGAUUCUCAAAGUCAUGGGGAUCCUGCCCUUCUCUGCACCGUCCUGCGGCCUCAUCACCAAGACGGACUCCGAGCGGCUCUGCAACGCCCUGAUCUACGGAGGUGCCUACCCGCCGCGCUGCAAGAAGGAGCUGAACGGAGGCUCCCUGGAGCUGGAGCUCACCGAGAGGAGCUUCAAAGUCUACCACGAGUGUUUCGGCAAGUGCAAGGGUUUGUUCGUGCCGGAGCUGUACAACAACCCCAACGCAGCGUGCAUCCAGUGCAUGGACUGCAGACUCAUGUACCCUACCCAUAAGUUCGUGGUGCACAGUCACAAGGCACAGGAGAACAGGACUUGCCACUGGGGCUUCGACUCGGCCAACUGGAGGGCGUACAUUCUCCUGGGACAGGAUUACUCGGGGAAAGAGGAGAAGGCCCGUAUGGAGCAGCUCCUGGACGAGAUCAAGGAGAAAUUUGACUUCGCCAACAAGUACAAGAGGAAAGCAUCGUCCAGGGCCUCUGAUCCCGUCCCUAUCAAGCGGUCCAAACAUGAAGACUUCCCCUCGCCGUCCCUGCAGGCUGACAAAGAGAAGCAGCACGACUGGCUACAGUCCCUGUCCGCCGCCAAUAAGGGGCUUAACUGCAUCCAGCCCAGGCAGAGGCCCUCAGCUUUCAGACCCUGGUCCCCCCACAUCUCUGCUGGGGAGAAGGAGCCCUCCAGUCACCCCCUGGCCCUGCUGAGAGACAGCUUCUACAACUACAAGAGUACGGAGAAAGCGGUGGCCCCCAAUGUGGCCCUCGCACCGCUCCCCCUGGGGAAAGUAGGUCCAAUGUCCCCGUCGGUACCCAGCACCUCCCAUCCGAGUGGAGGUGAGGGCGAGGGCUCAAACGGCAGCUCCAGGCCCCGCAAGAGAAGAGCCACAGAGGAGCUCCUGCCCCCAGCGCAAGAGCCCCCCUGCCCCCCGCCCUCAGCUGCUAGCAAGCCACCGCUGCUGCCCCCCCCUCAAGACGACAAGGACUCUGAGGUGGAGAUCGAAGUGGAAAGCCGUGAUGAAUUCACGUCCUCCCUGUCCUCCCUGUCGUCGCCAUCCUUCACCUCGUCCAGCAGUUCAGCCAAGGACCUGAGCUCGCCGGCCACCCAGGGGCCCGUCUGCACCAUCACGUCGGCCGAGGGCUCCCCUUCCGCCCCCGCACCCGUCGCAGCCCCCGUGGCCCCUUCAGAGGUGGGGCUGGAGUCUGAGCUGGAGAGUCUGAGGCAGGCGCUAGACAGUGGACUGGACUCCAAAGAGUCGAAGGAGAAGUUCCUGCACGAGAUUGUGAAGAUGAGGGUGAAGCAGGAGGAGAAGCUGGGGUCUGCCCUGCAGGCCAAACGCAGCCUCCAGCAGGAGUUGGAGUUCCUACGGGUGGCGAAGAAGGAAAAGCUGCGUGAGGCGACCGAGGCGAAGCGAAACCUGAGGAAGGAAAUUGAGCGCCUGCGAGCCGAGAGCGAGAAGAAGAUGAAGGAAGCCAACGAGUCGCGGAUCCGACUGAAGAGGGAGCUGGAGCAGGCGCGGCAGCUCAGAGUGUGCGACAAAGGCUGCGAGGCCGGUAGACUCCGCGCCAAGUACUCGGCACAGAUCGAGGACCUCCAGAUGAAGCUGCAGCACGCCGAGGCGGACCGCGAGCAGCUCCGAGCAGACCUGCUGCUGGAGCGGGAGGCCCGGGAGCACCUGGAGAGGGUGGUAAAGGAGCUCCAGCAGCAACUCUGGCCCAGUGACAAGGAGGGGGCGCCUAAGGACACACUCGCUGAAAACUAACCCAGCAGCUAACCUCACCGCCCCGACCAACACCCCCACCCCCCUCUCCCAAUCGCCCACCAUGAUCCCCAUCUUCUGCCCCAAUCAGAUUAUGAACACAUCCAGGAGUCCCGGGCUGGCUCGCCCCCCCCCACCACUCAGAAAUGAAAGACUCUCCGAGCAGACAUGAAAAUCAAGUGAGUGCUUUCAUGGAGAGAGCUGGAAACGCUGCAACAGGGAAACAGGUGUUACUAAAUCAAGCACUGACUUCCAAACUCACAGAACUACAGACAGGAUCACAAGAAUAAGACAACAGAGUCUGAGGGGGGUCCACGGACAGGCGUCUGUGAUGCUAAUGCUGAGAGACGAUCAUGUUGUAUCAGAGUAAAGCAGCCGUGGAGAGGCGGGGCUCACACUUAACACACCGUGCCCGGAAAAAUCUCCACCAACCGCACUGUGACGAUUGGGGGACAUUCUGAGCUAUUUAAGAGACUACAUAGCGAAAUGUAAAGAAAACAAGAGACGGUUUCUGUUUUUCUCUGUGCUAUUGAAGUUUAAAAAUAUAAAAAAGAAGAUACAAAUAAAUCAGAAGAUGAACAUAACAAGCAAAUGAACUUCCCACAGUGCCACCGGGGUUUUGUCGGUUUUUCAGGAAGCCAUCGCAGUCCACUGAGGGGAAAAGCAUCCAGUUCAAAGUUCUUUUCCUCCCAUUGUUGCUUUAUAAAUUCAUGUAUUUCUAAUUUCUCCAAGUGGUGAGUGGGCUGGGUAGAUCCUUUCUCUGGAUUGGGAGUUGGGAAUAAAAACAUGCUUCAUUUCAGUGAGCACUUUCUGGAUGUCAAUAACAACAUCCGACAGUGUUGCUGCCAAUAAGCCGCACUCUGUCGCCUUCUGUUAUUUUAACAAAAAUCCUGAAGUGUGUAUCUUGUAAAGAUAAAUCCUCCAGGUGUGAGAGUGGUUUUACUGUCUUGUAACACUUGAGUGAUCGAGCCGGCAUGUUUUUACUCCCAAUGACAUCAGAGGCAUCACCUGUGACAUCAUGGUGGGCUGGAUAUGGUGACAAGAACCACAAAAUGUUCAUUUUAAUUAAAUUAAGGUAUGUAAAUAUAAAUGUAUGUUUUUGUUUUUUUUGACUUUACAAUAAUGAAUCGCACUUUGUCAUAACAAGAUACUGUUAUAAUGCAUUGUACUCCCACUAUUGUCUUCAAUCUUACUUUGAAAAACACCAUCGUAUACAUGACUGCUACCAUAUAAAUCCAGUAAGCAUUAUGUUGAUUAUAUGCAUCUCCAAUAAAUACUGUUGUUCUGUUUUCUAAAGGCAAAGUCUUGUAAAUAAAUGGAAAGAAAGAACCUGUUGCUUGCUGAUGCAGUCUGGGAUUGUUGGACAAUUUUGGGCUAAGCACUCUCCCGCUUUUGUAAAAUUAACACAAAUAUCGCACCCGGGUUACAACUCCGACAAAACAUCGUUAACAGCAUGUGAGGUGAAUUGUUAUUGGAGCCUGAACUAAAUUCUCGUGUUGGAGGAAUAAAAUGUAAUUUUAUUCAAAAGGCAGCAUCCGUCACACAGUGGGUACAAUGCAAUCAGAAUGUACAUUGUGUUAAUGCUAUUUUUCUUUUGGUUGUUGUUGUUUUAAACGUGGAGAUAUUUUAUUAAUGCUUGUCUGUUAUGUUCACUUUUUUCAAUUGAAAACUCAUAUUUUCUUUAUGCAUGAAAUUUGAGUUUGCCAUACAUAUAGUCAGUUAUUGGGCAUUGAUACUGUACAUUUAAAGGUUUUAUUGUGUUAUGCAAUAUAAAGCAAUUUGUCUUAUUUAGAAGAGGAAAACGUAACAAAAAAACGACACAGUAGAUUGCUCUUAAGGAAAAAAAAAACUUCACUCUUGCAAAAAAAAACUAAAGACAAGAAAAAAAAUGCAAUGCUGGACAACCUCAAGUGCCUGGACACGGGCGAAGGGUUUCCAGAGAAGGAGAACUGAUGAUGGCGCUGCUGGGGGCGCGGCCUCUCAUCACCUUCCUGUUUGCAGGUUUCAAAUUAAAAGCCCCUCCCUCGUUCAGCAGCUCUUUUUAUCAGUAUUCUUAAAACCAACCAGUUUACAAACGUUGUUCCUUUUUCAGUGCUGAGAGUAAUUGAACAAAUGCUAGACGCUUCAGGCUUUUCUUUAUGAAUGAGUGCUUUUCCUUCUUUUGAAAUCAAUGAUAUGCAUGUUCAAACAAUUUUUAUAGAAGAUCUUGAAAAGCCACUUGCUUCGAUGGAAUGUUACUUUGGGUUGUAUAUAAAGACUGUUUAUUCCCUGCUUGUUGAGGAUAACAAAGAGGGCAUUAUGUUAGAAGCCCUUUUCUUAUCUAACAUUACUGAUGUUGCUCAGAGGACAUCACAGCGUCUGCUACUUUGGCAGACCUAAAAUUGGUACAUUUUGUAGUUGUUUUUACACUCAAAAGAGUUGAUAGCCUAUGUGUAGUUUACUUUACUCAUGGUUUUCUACAAAAGAAGGGAGAAAAUAACGACAUUGGCUCUUCACUUUCCCGCGCAAAAAGAAAAAGCCGUUUAACAGCGUAUUGUUUUCUAAAGGAGAAUCAUUUUGCUAAAUAAUGGACAGUAAUGCAGCAAUAACAGUCCAUAUUAAUAGACAAAUACUAGCCAGUGUGAGGAUUUGAAUAAGAAUUUACAAAUGUAAAUAUUUUUUUCAUUUACGAUAUUGUAUAAUAUAUGUACAUGGUGUUUCCUUUUUCAAAAAGAAAUCUUUUCUUACAAUAGCUGUCUCUUUUUUUUGAAUUUGUGUUUUAACUGAAAUGUUUCAAAAACAGCAGUGCGUAAGAGAAUAUUCCCUACAUAAACAUUUAAUCCAUUUCUUCUCUUUUUUUUUUUUACUGUAGAGUCUUUAUAUCAAAUGACUUUUUUCACCAGUUCAUAUAUAUUUUUAACAGUAUGUUCAGUAUCAGAUAGCAGACCUAGCGUAUGGGUGACACACACAUGCGCGUGCACGCACACACACACACACGCACAUAACUACGCCACCUUGCAGAUUGUUCCCCUCAUCCUCAUGUAUCUUUUUAGCCCUGUGCUGCUGCUAAUUCUAUAUAAACCUUACAAUUCUAGAAAUAUUUUUAUGUAAGAGGUAAAUGUAAGCUUUCCCAUCAUUAAUGCCACAUAUACAGUAUGAAAAAAAAGCUUUGCUUAUUCAUCUAUCUUCCUUGUUUCCCUCAUUUUUCACGCCUUUUUCCUCAUUCCUCCUCCAACAACCUUUCCCCUUCUCUCACGACACGGACUAUAUUGUAAAGUAAAGGACUUUAUGAGAUUAUGUUUGAAAAUAGCUAUGCUUAUAUACUACAGUGACUGAAUGUACAGUGUAUAGAUGCAUUACCAGAAAUAAAGUUGUUUGUCCAGAUUGAA